AUGUCAUCCAUUGAUGCAGUCACAGCGUCCUUUGCAACCUCUUUGGCCUUGGCCGGCAAUGAUUUCGUUGACAUCACCAAAAAGGAGGGAGGCGCGCAGCGGAGAGCGACACAGUCGUAUCUGCUUGCCAAACCUUUGGCACCAAAGCCGGUGCUGAAUGACCUCAGGCAACUAUUUCGGCGGAUAUGGGUUCUGGAGGCGGGAUUUCGAAUCCAACAACGAGCUGAGGAUCGUUUUCUCAUAUCUUUUGAUCUCCGACAAGACCGUAACAAGGUGCUGCGAGGCUGUCCAUGGCGUUACCAAAAGGCACCGGCAAUCCUGCAUAUCUUUGAUGGGGUGUCACCGAUUCAUCAGCUACCCAUGACUGACCUCUUCUUCUGGGUGCGCAUCACUAAUGUACCGUCGGACUUCGAAGAGCGCCAUACGAUCAGAAACAUCGCAUCUGUUGCUGGUAAGUUUCUUGAACUUGAUGACAAGCUGUUUAAUGCUACUAGAAGAAUUAGGGUUCGGGUAUCCCAUGACAUCUCGAAACCUUUUCACUUUAAAAAAACUUUAAAGUUGGAAACAAAUGUGAUUGCUGAGAUCUCGUUCUUCUUUGAGAAUUUGGGAAGUAAAUGUGAUGUUUGUCAUUUAAUCUUCCAUGAGAAUGGGCUCUGUCCACUAGCUGCUCAAGUGGCUCCUGCACCACCGGUAGAGAAAACUCCAGACAUCACAUGCCCUCUGCUAGGCUUUGCAAAUCAGAUUGUUAAUGGCACCUUCACUUUCCAGGGAGUGACGACCCCUAUCCUUCCUCCAGUGAGUCGAAUGCUAUUUGGUCCAAAGGAACAGAUACGAAAACCUAUUAUUAUUCUGUGCAUGUGCUACGCUCCAAGGACAUUGGGGAUUGCAGCAACACGGAGCUAA